UCCGGCGCAGCAUCCUGGACCACAGCCCGCCGUCAAGCCUUCGCCAACGACCUCACAAACCCUCAGCUCCUCGCCGUUACCGACAACGUCAACCAAGCGAAGGGUGACAAGGGCCCUGAGGAGUGGAAGCCCCCGCUAACCAGCUACUACUGCACGUACAGUAAGAUGUGGAUCAAGGUUAAGAGCGUGUAUUCGCUUACUAUUACGAGUGCGGAGAAGAGUGCGCUUACUAGUAUGUUGGCUACUUGCUCAUCGUAG